GCCUGGUUUCCAGCUGGGCAACACACACACUACCCUCAGUGUGUGUGUUGUCAUCAUCAUCCAGCCUGCUCCACGCUCAGAAUGGCCAGAUUUGCCCAGUCGGAAAGCAGGCUCCAGCAGCACCUAACUCAGCCCCAUCCCGCUCUCACCAGCCUACUUUACACCGGACCGGCGGCACAACAGACCCAACCGCCUCUGCUCUUCAUCCCACACCAGCAGCAGUACUCGCAUAUCGUAUUCCAGAAACCCAUGAACGAGUCAGAAUCGGUUUCCAUUCAUCAGGAGAGGGGUACCAUGAAAGACCAAGAUGCCAUUAAACUAUUUAUAGGCCAAAUACCGCGUACCCUCGAGGAGAAGGACCUGAGACCGCUGUUCGAACAGUUUGGGAAAAUCCACGAGCUGACAGUUCUGAAGGACCGAUACAGCGGCAUGCACAAAGGCUGUGCGUUCCUUACCUACUGUGCCAGAGAGUCAGCCAUCAAAGCUCAGAAUGCCCUGCAUGAACAGAAGACCCUGCCAGGG